AUGCACAAGAAAGUUGCGCCAUAUCCAGGGAAAAUCUCUGUGGCGUUCCGCAAGGGGCCACUUGGAUACCUUCUCCAGGACCCAUCAAAAGAAGCUUGACAGAUUAAAAAUGACCUCAAGCUUCAGGACAAGUCUGCACCUGUUAGGAAGGACGAUGCUCUGACUGUCAUCUAUCAGAGAGGAGGGGAUGCCUCUGACAUGAAGGAAGUGCAGGGAGAGUACAUCCUGCAGUUUGAAAAAUAUAAAGGGAAAUCUUUCCGGUGGCUUCUGGAGAAUGAUGUCGGGUACACCAUGUACCUGAUCAAAGAUCUCCAGAAGCAAGAGGCUGCAGGGACCUCUGUGGAAGAAGGGCAUGGCAAGGAGAGCUUGCAUUCAUUUGUACAGUAUACCCUCAGCUUUACAGAGUUAAAGACUCUUCUGGACUAGGAGACCAGCAGAGUGAGUGUUGCAGCAGAAGCCUCUGAGGAUGAUCAGCUGGUUGGCUUUGGCUCACGAGCCAAGAGCACCUGGAAGGAGAUUUGGGACGGCAGAGGUGACGGCUAUGCAGACUUUAUCAUGAGGAAGAGCUGCAGUCAAGGAACAUGGAUGCAUAAGCUGCAGCAGUACCUGUGGAAGAAGCAGCAGUCUGCACCUGCUACUACAAAUGCCCCAACUAAACAACCUCUUGGGAUGGAUGAGGAUAAAGACCUGGAGGAUGCAAUGCUGAGCAUCUCACCUGUAAAACUACACAUACAGAGCUUCGCUGUGCCAGCAGCAGCAGAAGGGUCCACACCCAGAGGAUCUUCAGGAGCAAACAAAGGUUUUCAAAUGAAAGGUUUCAGAACUGGAGUAAAAUAGUUUUACAUGAAUUGCUCUGCAAAGCUGAGCCUGAACGUGAACUUUUAUAUAUUGUCUUGUUCUUGUUUUUGUGUGUUCUGGCGAUGUUCCUCUAAUAGUAUAGUUGUAUGCUGGCUGUAUGGUGGAAGAAAACAGUUGAUAUUGUACAUGAGACAGUUUUGUUCUAGUUGUGAAUGUUUCUUUUGUUUAUAUAAAUAAAAACUGAUUGUAAAUAUA